GUUUGAUACCAAUCAUUUACAAUUCCUUGUUCUCGCUUUACAGCCCGCCAUGACGGCGGAUGAAGGAGGCCGCAUAAUGGGCCCCUUUCCAUACUUUAUAGCAGGGCUCGCCGCAUUUGUGGGCUCCGCAAUAUCAUUUUACACAAUGUUUCUACAUUUUAAGAAUUAUCGACGACCGGAGGUCCAGAGACUUGCGAUACGUAUAUUGUGGAUGGUUCCGGUCUAUGCAGUAGCGUCCUUCACGAGCCUGUCAUCCCGAUCCGCUGCAGAUUACAUUGAUACAAUACGAGAUAUAUAUGAGGCAUUCGUCAUAUACUCGUUCUUCAUUCUAUGCAUCAACUAUCUCGGUGGUGAGCGUGCUCUCCUUGCGAUGCUGGAACAACGCAUGCGAACACACCAUCUUUGGCCGUUUAAUUACUGCUUUUCACCUAUGGAUAUGAGCGACCCAGAAACAUUUCUCUUCGUCCGGCGCGGAGUCCUGCAGUUUGUCAUUUUGAAACCAAUCUUGAGUGUCCUGACUAUGAUCCUAAAACUCGCUGGCCAAUAUCACGAAGGCUACAUUGGCUGGACGAGCUGUUACAUGUGGUUAUCAUUGUUUUACAACUUGUCGGUCUGCUGGUCCCUGUACUGUUUGGUGUUAUUCUACGUGCAGUGCUCGAAAGACUUACAGCCAUACCGGCCUAUGCCAAAGUUUAUUUGUGUAAAAUCCAUCGUUUUUCUUACCUUUUAUCAAGGGUUGGGUAUCGCCUUUCUGGUCUGGGCUGGCCUCAUACGCGAUAAAGGCGGAUAUUCUGGAAGCAAUCUUGCACUGGCGUUGCAGGAUUUCUUGAUUUGUGUUGAAAUGCCGUUCCUUGCAAUGUUGCAUUGGUACGCAUUCCCAUGGACCGAUUAUGAUGAUCGCCGACUAUCAUCUCGAGUGGCUUUUCUGUACGCGGUUCGGGAUGCGUUUGGUGUGAAAGAUAUCAUUCAAGACACUUAUCAUACGUUCAGAGGGACAAGAUUUCGACAUGUGCGAAGAGGAAGCCAUCAGAUCCUUAUCAGGGACAACGAUGUAGAGUUUGGCCCAGAUAGUCCUGCAAAUGCAAGUGGGUUUAGCCGAUGGGCAAAGAAUUCGCGAAGGCGCGACGGGUAUGGGACUAUACCACACGAUGACGCAAAUGCAUGGGAAUCUGGUGAAGGAGAAUAUGAUUCUAAUGAGGAAAGGGAAACGACAAGUUUGGAAUUUACACCGCCCGAAAGCGAUCCUGACUUGGAAGCUCAGUAUGAGAGUAGUCGCAAGUUACCGUUUGGGGAUUAUAACUAUCCCGUUUUACACGAGGAUCCAAGAUUUAGUAAUCCGCCAAUUGUACAGGCGGAAAUUGAUCGAAGAGCAAGAGCGUAUCUCAGUGGUGAGGGGUCGGGCAAGAAGAGAGGUAAAAAGACGGUUGUCCGCGGCCAUGGACGUGCGAUGCCGUCCCAAAGUCGGAAUCAAUCAGACAAGGAGGAUUCAGGGGACAGUGCCAUAGCGCCAAGUGAGGAGGACGAACGCGAGGAGGCAAGGGAGGAUUCAGAACGGGAAGCGAGUUCGUUGAUAGGUAGUCGUGGGAGAAGAAUACGUGAACCAGCAGAGCAAGACCCUGAUUCGUCAUCAGCAUAGCGAGUACCAUCGUAGCGGAAAUAUUUGAUAUUUGUUUUAGACUUCUAAUGAUACCACGAUUCCGCUUACUCACACCACAUAUAACAACACAUGCCAGAAUAAACCAACGACAAGAAUGAAUAUUGUUUUAC